AUGUGUUUUACGCUGUUACCACUUGGAUUUGGUAUAGCAGCAAGCAUACGUGUUGGUCAAUUUCUUGGUGCCCGCUCCUCAUUAGGACCACGGUCAGUUGUUUCUACAGCUCUUGUAACAUUGUGGAUGUCUUCGAUUGCCUUCAUUCUAACUUUAUGCUUAUUGAGAUGGAAGAUUCCAAUGAUUUUCACUUCUGAAAAAGAUGUCAUUGAAUUAUCUGCUAAACUAUUGCCAUUAAUUGCUACAUUUCAAAUAUUUGAUGGAACUGUGGGUGUUUGUGGAGGUGCCAUUCGUGGAGCUGGACUGCAACUAUUCGGUGCAAUUGUUUGUUUUGUUAGCUUGUAUUUAAUAAGUUCUCCUAUCAGUUUAGGCCUUGUUUAUGGUGGUGGCUACGGUUUGGAAGGAUUAUGGGCAGGUAUGACAGUUGGAACUAUUUUCGAAGGUGUUAUUUAUCUUAUAACUUGUCAGCGCAUUAAUUGGGAGAAACAAGUUCAGCUAGCAAUUGAAAGAACAGAACAAUUAUUAAUAAACGAUGAUCAGCUGCAAGAAAGAAGUACAAACCAAACAACUGAAGAAGUUCAACAGUCAACGGAUACUAAACCCUCAUCAAUCAAAGGUGAAUGCUUAGAUGAAACGGAACAAACAAACAUCCGAAAUACCAUUUCAUUUCAUGAAAGUGUGACAGAAGCAGGAACAAGCUUGGCAGAUGGUUUUAACCUCCAAAACAAUGAUUUGAGUCCAAAUACAAAAAAAAUGCUUUCUACUCAGUUAAGAAAAGUCGUCUUGUCACGCAUAAUUAUUCGAGUACUUAAACCAUGGUCAGGUAAAUUUGGUGUAUACUGUACAUUUUUGAAUGGGACAUUCAUCUCUUUAAAAGAUAGUAAUGAUAUUUUUCUUAGAAAUUCAACAGAAACAAUUCUAGAUGCCGAAAAUAUUUUAUUAAAAUAUGAUGAUCAAAACUGUACAAUAUCUAUCCCGUAA